UGUCUCAAACUCGACUUUCAUAAGGUUUACAACAAAACUCUCUCUCUCACAUACGCCGUCACACACAAACAUACACAGAGGCACAGACCACAAAUAGCCAUUCAUGGCUAAAUAUUUGAGGUCAUCUACCAGCUUGCUGAUGUUUUUGAUCUUGGUGUUCAUGAUGAUCAAUGCAGCUUCAGCCCAAGUUGGAAGUGGGAGAGAGAUGGUGCCUGCCAUGUUCAUAUUCGGAGACUCCCUCAUUGACAAUGGCAACAAUAACAACCUUCCUUCCUUUGCCAAGGCCAACUAUUUCCCUUACGGCAUUGAUUUCAAUGGCGGUCCUACCGGCCGUUUCUCCAAUGGCUACACCAUGGUCGAUGAAAUAGCUGAAUUGCUUGGACUACCAUUGAUUCCUGCAUACUCUCAAGCUUCCGGUGAACAAGUUCUUCAUGGAGUUAACUACGCCUCUGCGGCCGCCGGAAUCCUCGAUAUCACUGGAAGGAAUUUUGUGGGUCGUAUACCGUUCGAUGCACAGAUCGGAAACUUCCAGAGCACGCUCGAUCAGAUAACAGAUCGUCUAGGUGCAGAUGAUGCUGCCCGGGCAAUCGGACGGUGCAUAUUUUUCGUUGGGAUGGGCAGUAAUGACUACCUAAACAAUUACCUGAUGCCCAAUUUCCCAACCAGGAAUCAGUACGAUGCACAACAAUAUGCUGAUUUCUUGGCCGCACAGUACACCCAACAACUCACCAAACUUUACAAUCUUGGAGCCCGGAAAUUUGUUCUAGCAGGGCUUGGCUUAAUGGGUUGCAUUCCGAGCAUCUUGGCUCAAAGCCCAAACGGAACUUGCUCAGAAGAAGUUAAUCUUCUUGUUCAACCUUUUAAUGCAAACGUGAAGACAAUGAUCAACAACCUUAGUGCCAAUCUACCAGGAGUUCGAUUCACUUAUAUCGACGCUGCACGUAUGUUUGAAGACAUCAUCGCCAAUGCUAGAACUUAUGGAUUUAGUGUUGUAAAUCGUGGGUGCUGUGGCAUUGGGCGAAAUAGAGGUCAGAUCACAUGUCUUCCAUUCCAAACACCAUGUUCAGACCGAGACCAGUAUGUGUUUUGGGACGCAUUUCACCCAACAGAAAAGGUGAACAUCAUCAUGGCGAGGAAGGCUUUCAAUGGAGACCAAACCUUUAUUUAUCCGAUGAAUAUAGAGCAGCUUGCAAAUCUGGAUAAUGAGAUUAAUUAAGUAUUUAGUGUCUUUAUAGCCUUGCAAUCCUUAAUCCUAGACGCAUCUAUAUAUAAAUAUUUAGCAAUUUUCGUCGGCAAAUUUGAGCAGAGAGAGUGGUAACUAGCUAAAACAAGUCAAAGAACUAUGUUGUGGGUGUACGUACUGCUAUGAUAUCAUUGCAACUACUUUGAUUUCUAUGA